AUGGAAACGGAGCAGGAAUUUACUAUAAAUGAGGAUACUCGUGGUUCAGUUAUUUAUGAUUUUGAUUCAACUAAUGACAUUAUAUUGUGUCUCGAAGUGAAUAACAAACAACUAGGUGUUGCAGUUUUCGACUGUCAAACACGUGGUUUCCGAGUGUCUCCUCAAGACUACUUUGUAUCCACUUUGACCGUCGCUAGUUCGUUGGGAGUAUCAUAUUAUGAUGAAAUCAAUGCCAUCCUUGGUAGUAUAAUCCUCGGUGAAAACCCAACUUUAUGUUUAUUAUCUAGCAGAUUGGAUUCUGCUUGUUAUAAUUUCGUGAAAGAAAAAGAGGAAAAUAUGAACUUCAAGGUUGAUGUUCAAAGCAACAAGAUCUUCCGAAAAGUAAAAGAGCUGAAGAAUUUGAAUUUUGAAGUACAUACCGAGAAUGUUUUACUGGAUGAAAUAUAUCUAAAUUCGAAAACAAAUGCUAAGGCCAGUGCUGCUGCCUUUGGUGCUAUUUUACACAUACUAAAGCAGCAUGCCGAGGGCGUGAAUGAUGAUCUCGCGAUGAAUGAAGAUGAAACUAUUACCACAAGCUUGUUAAAUAUGGUACGCUCUUUAAAACCUUUGGAGACAGAAGGUAUAAUGUUCAUCGAUGAAGACACUAUUGCUUCAUUACAAAUAUUCCCGUCAUCACAUAAUUUUUACAGCGAAAAAGUGAACAAAGAGGGCUGCUUCAGUAUCUUUCAACUUUUAAACCACACCUCAUCAAAUCACAGCAAAAAACUUUUGACGUCAUGGCUAACCGCACCAUUAACAGAUAUUAACAAAAUUAAAGCAAGACAAGCAGUCAUUGAAAUUUUAUUGGAUGAAGCAAAUGGUUCUCAGUUUCAAGAAAUUCAGUACUUGAUUAAGAAGUGUCCGGAUAUGUUUUCAGUGUUUAAUCAAUUUUGUGAUGGCAAGGAAACGUACCGCACCUGGUUAAAUUUGGAACUAUUCCUUGAAAUUUGUUGUAGUUUAUUCAGAACAGUUCACGCAUUGGAUGUAACAGAUUAUAAUAACAUAUUGUCCAGAAUCAAGGCUUUAAAAUAUGUUAAGACCCUACAUUCUCUCUCUCAACACGUUUCCAGCAUAAUGGACAUUGAGAAUACAAAAGAUACAAAACAAGCAACUAUUGCGUAUGGUGUUGAUAAGAAAUUGGACAAGUACCGUACUAUUUAUAACGAACUAGAGGGAAUUUUAGUAGAGGUUGCAAACAAUUCUGAAGAUACACUAACUGAUGUUGUUCCGCUGGGCAAGCUCAACGAAGUAAGACGGUUAAAAGAAAACGAUAUCGUUAAUGCCGUCUAUAUUCCCGAACUUGGUUAUUUGGUAGCCUUGGAUAUAUUAGUUGAGGAACAUUUUGUAACAUUCCAAGAUAUUAUGUGGGAGGAAGUUUUUAGAACCUCUACACAUAUAUAUUUCAAAACAGAAGAGACCAGUAAAUUGGAUGAAGCAUAUGGGGAUAUUUGUUCAAAGAUUUCCGACUUAAGAAUCGAAAUACUAUAUUCAUUAAAAGUCGAAAUUUUAAAUGUCAAGACUUCUGCCAUUGAAUUUUAUGAACUAAUUGCCGAACUUGACGUUUUACAGUCUUUUGCUCAAGUUUCUCAAACAAAUGAUUACACAAAGCCAAAGAUGGUUUUGGAUGAAAGUUUUAUUAGUGUAAAAAAGGCUAGGCACCCUCUCUAUGAAACAACCGUUUCAAUAUACAUACCCAAUGACUUAACUUUGGACGGUGGAAAAUACAGUGAUGAACACUGGUUUGAGCAUGACAAAAACAGAGUAAAUAUACUGAGUGGAGCUAAUGCUUCAGGAAAAACAGUUUUCAUAACCCAAAUAGCGUUGUUAUGUUAUUUGGCCCAAAUUGGCUGUUACGUUCCUGCAGAUAACGCAACGAUAGGAAUAGUAGAUAAAAUUUUAACAAGAAUAAGGACCGAGGAAACAGUAACAAAGCUACAAAGCAGUUUUGAGCUGGACUCAAGACAAAUGUCAAAGUGUCUUGCUUUCGCAACUCCAAGAAGUUUGGUACUAAUUGACGAGUAUGGGAAAGGGACUGACGUGAUAGAUGGACCCGCCCUAUUUGGAGCGAUAAUUAAACACUUAUCGACAGAUAAAGCUUGCCCAAGGGUGUUAGCAACCACACAUUUUCAUGAGUUGUUUAAACCGGAUCUGCUAACAACCCACAUUCCAGGAGUUCAGCAUUACGUAACAGAAAUUCUUUGGGACAAUACCACACCCGGCUCAGAAACGGAACCAAAUUUUGGCUUAACAUUUCUCUACACAAUUAAGAAAGGGAUUUGUGAUAAUUCGUUCGGUGUUUAUUGUGCAAAGAUUUGCGGCCUUAAAAAGUCUAUUGUCGAGAGAGGGCAGCAAUUGACAGCUCUGAUAGCAGAGGGUAAGGACAUUGUUUCGGAAUAUGGCACACUCUCCCAAAAAGAAAUCAAUGAUUUUGAGAGAAACCAACGGAUCGUUAAAAGGUUCAUGGCGUGGGAUCUUGAUCUAGAGUCCACAACCACCGGACACAGCUUAGCAGAAAAAUUAAAAAAUAUGUUACAAGAUUCUACUGCUUAA